GUUUUAACGUGGGUUUGUGUGCAGGCAUUUGUCCUACUUUUUAAAAGGAUGUGAGCCCGUAUGUACCUUUAUGUGAGAGAAGCACUGCAUGCACAUUUGUGGAUGGUUUAGCUGGCGUGAAGCAUGAGAAACUCCACAUCCCCUUUUUUGUGCCGAGCUCUGUAUGUAUGCGCGUGUCUGUGAGUGCAUGUGUGUUUGUUUCCAGCUCUCACCAGGUUGGGUGCGUUAUACUGGGGGGUUCCUGCUGCAUCCAUCUGCCUGAAACUAAAAAGCCCCGAGCUGUCACUGCACAUUCCAGGGUUUUAAGAGAGACCGUGAAGCUGGUGGAAACAACCUCUUGACGUCGCUCCCUCGCUCUCAGAGCGAGAACAAAGGCAGCUCCUCUCACACUUAAACCACAGCAGAGCCGCGAGCUUCCGUCAGACUCAUGACUGUUUGAGGGGACGAGGACCCACCGUGGCCCAUGCACUGUACCCGUUUCCCUCCCUGUCCUCCUUAUCCCUCAAGCUGACGCAAAACCCCAGACACCUACCCCCUCUUCCCCACCCCCACUCCCACCCCAUCCCCAGCGACUCGCCCCCUCCCGCCAUGGUGUCCGGCACGGAAACCGUGCACUACAUCCACCUUCACAACUCCAGCCAGUCUGUGCUGGAAGCCCUGCGCACGCAGCGGCGCGAGGGCCUCUUCUGUGACGUGACCGUGCGGAUACAUGACGCUUCGCUGCGUGCCCACGCCUGCGUCCUGGCAGCUGGCAGCCCCUUCUUCCAGGACAAGCUGCUGCUGGGUCACUCUGAAAUCUCGGUGCCACCGCUGGUGCCCGCCGAAACUGUGAAGCAGCUUGUGGACUUCAUGUACAGCGGCUCGCUGGUGGUGCUGCAGUCGCAGGCCCUCUGCAUCCUCACCGCCGCCAGCAUCUUGCAAAUCAAGACGGUCAUCGACGAGUGCACCCAGAUCAUCUCUCAGAGGAAGGCGGCGGCCACGGCUGCGGCGGCGGCGGCGGCAGCUGCAGCAGCAGCAGCAGCAGGAGGAGGUGGAGGAGGAGGGAUGCUCGGAGGAGUUCACCCCAAACAAGAAGAGCGUGGCGGGGGGAAAGGGAGAGAGAGUGGUGGUGGUGGGAGCUGUUCUGUUGGCGCAGGUGGAGGUUACGCAAACUUCCCUAACUUCAUGGCUGAAUGCGGGGCUAGUAACAUGGGCGGGGGGUUGGGAGGUGCCAGCGUCAGCGAGAGCGGCCCAGGCCCGAUGGAGCAAUCUAAUGCAGUGAGUCUGAUGGCACUGGGCGACAUGGGCCCCGGCUCCAUGUGCGGCGGUGAAGGACUGGGCUCCGGGGCCGGCGCAAUCCUCAUGAAGCAGAGUACCAGCUGUACUCAGGACGUCAGGUACAAGCUCCGAGACCUGUUGGCGCAGACGGCCAACGGAGCCAGCACUAGUAGCACAGGGAACCUCUCCGCGGGCUGCAGCUCCGGUGUGGGCAGUGUGGACAGCAUCGGCAGGGAGAGCCUCCGCGGCAACACGACGGACCUCGCCGAUGACCUGGUGGGGAUGGACAGAUACAGCGAGGAGGAGGACUUGGACGGGAGAGAGCGGGGAAGAGACGGAGACAGAGACAGGGGGGCGGGCCACAGUCGCAAGCAGAGGCAGCCGCUAAGACUCCAGGUACUGGGAGGAGAAGGAGUAGUGGUGAAAGAUGAGGGGGUUCAGGACCCGGAUGGGACCGUCUAUGCCCUGGAGGACGGGAGCCGAGACGGACAGCAGGAGGGCUCCCAGGAAUCCAUGGCAGGCUUUGGACAGGAUUUCUACGACGAGCAGGGGGUGUUUUCGGAGAGCUUCUGGCCCCAGAGUGAGCCUCCGCAGGCCAUGGCUUUCAACCCCAGAGGAAGGGUCAACAAGCCUCUGACUCCGCCUCCAACCACGCAGUCCAUCAACAACCAGCUUCUCUUCCAGUACCCAGUGAGCCAGUCGCAGCCAGCUCCGUUCUAUGUGGGCGGGCCCAUGGGUGGGAUCGACAGCAUGGCGGGGACUGAGCCUCAGCAGGCCCCGCCUCCUGCGCCGAUGACCCCGGCCCCGCCUCCCUCCACCUCCUCCUGCUCUGCAGGCCCCUCCCCUUCCUCCCAGGGAUCUGAGACCUCGUUUGACUGCACGCACUGUGGCAAAUCUUUACGUUCCAGGAAGAACUACAGCAAGCACAUGUUCAUCCACUCCGGUCAGAAACCUCAUCAGUGCUCCAUCUGCUGGCGCUCCUUCUCCCUGCGCGACUACCUCCUCAAACACAUGGUGGUGCACACCGGCGUCAGGGCUUUCCAGUGCUCCAUGUGCGGCAAGCGCUUCACCCAGAAAAGCUCGCUCAAUGUGCACAUGCGCACCCACCGUGCCGAGCGCACUUUCCAGUGCAACGUGUGCCACCGGGCCUUCACCCACCGCACCUUGCUGGAGCGCCACGCCCUGCAGCACGCCCACCACACGCCCCAGGGCCAGGGCCAAGGCCAGGGGCGUGGAGCCGACAUGACCUCACCUACCAAGCACAGUCCUCCGGCUCUGGGAGGGCCCUCAGGUAUGGCUGGCGCGGCUGGCAUGGUCGGCAGCAUGGCCAACAUGCCCAGCCACGGAGCUUCCUCCACCUAGAGAGAGAGAGAGAGAGAGGGAGGGGGAGACACGGGGGGGAGGUCAGUGAGCCCAUUCCUUGAACCAACACUUAUUGGUCCUAACAGCCUUGUUGAUUUUUUGUUCUGGUGGGAACAGCGCUUACAGGUUCCCAUUGUUUUAGCUUAUCGGCACCAUCAAUCAGGGUUCCUACACAGGGCUGGAAAGGCAUUUGAAGUUUAAAAAUGAUUGGAAUUGCCCAAGAAUCCCGGAAAAGUUUGUAAAAAGUAGUUUUUCCCUCCCCCAGAAACCCAUCUUAAGUAGUUGUAGUCUUACUGUCAUUUCCUGUGUUGUGACAUUUGUUGCUGUGAUGACUGUAGAGCAACAUCGCCAAUAACCACACACCUUGUCACACACCAGCCAAAAAGUUAUAGUUUUGGUAGAAGCGAGUCUUAACUGUUGAAACAGAGAAUGUGUAGGAACCCUGUUUCAAAGACACCAGAGAGUCACCAAAGAGGUUAGGAAUGCAGAGCGGGUUUGGGAGUAGGUGAGGGCGUGAGGGGAGUCGUAGGGUUUCUAUGUGGAGGUGAUGGUGGAGUGGGUAUUGGAGUAAUAUGGAGAUGCAAGUUAGGGGAAAUAUGGGGAAGUAAAGGUUAGUGGGGAGGGGCGUUGCAGGGUUUUAUUCACCCUCAAUUCAUUUAAUUCAAGUUGAAAAUUGGAGUUCAUUCAGUCCUGUUCACAUCUUUAAGUGCAUAAAAUCAAAUUUCAGCAAAGUGGCUGAGGAAAAGGUAUUAACUGAAAUAGUCCAGUAGCACGUAUUAUCAAAACUUCUCCAGUCAAACGAUACCUGCAUUUGACCAUUUUUGUAGCUACAUCUA